AUCAUCAAAGCACACAUCCCCCCCACCAAUCCCAAAUGAGCCAAAAGAAGCAGCAAGUGAACUCUAAUCCACCCACACACCACACUCCCCGCACUCACGCUAGUCUAGUAUAGUACCCCCAAAGCUCAUCAUCAUCACCACCACCUUUCCUCCUCCUCCCCCCAUUGCUUCGUCUCGCGCCGGAUCGAUCCAGCUGCCGCCGCGUUCCGAUCCCCUCUGCUCUGGCUUGCUGAUAGAUCGAUCGAUCGAUGAAGCCCGCCGGUGGGAGGAGCAAGGACGGCGGCGGCGGCGGGGCGGCAUUGCUCGGCGGCGGCGGCGUCACCUGCUUCGACGUCAAGUCCUUCGUCGCCUCCCUCGCGCUCCUCACCCUCAUCAUGGCGCUCUGGCAGCUCCACCCCUACCAGCCCCUCGUCCUCCUCCCCGCCGCCCUCUCCUCCUCCCCAUGCCCCCUCCUCCCCCGCUCACCCACCUCUGGUAUUGCCGUUUCCUUCCUCUCCACCGCCGCUGCCACCAACUCGACUGACACCGCCACGGUCCCAACCACCACCGCCGCCGCGAGGGUGGCGGCGACGACGAGGCCGACCCUGCCCGCGCGGCAGCGGGAGCGGGACCCAAACAAGCGGGAGCUCCGUCCGUACGGCACGGCGGCGGCGCUGUUCGUCCAGAUGGGCGCGUACCGGGGCGGCCCGCGCACGUUCGCCGUCGUCGGGCUGGCAUCCAAGCCAGCGCACGUCUUCAGCAACCCUUACUUCAAGUGCGAGUGGCUGCCCAACGCUCCCGCCGGCGCGCCGCCGGUCCGGACCAAGGCCUACAAGAUGCUCCCGGACUGGGGCUACGGCCGCGUCUACACCGUCGUCGUCGUCAACUGCACCUUCCCCUCCAACCCCAACGCCGACAACCUCGGCGGUAAGCUCCUCGUCCACGCCUACUACUCCACCGCCUCCCGCCGCUACGAGCGCUUCGUCGCCCUCGAGGAGGCACCGGGCUCCUACGACGACGCCCGAUUCCGGCCACCCUUCGCUUACGACUACCUCUACUGCGGCUCAUCCCUCUACGGCAACCUAAGCUCCGCCCGCAUGCGGGAGUGGCUCGCCUACCACGCCCGCUUCUUCGGGCCGAGGUCCCACUUCGUCCUCCACGACGCCGGCGGCGUGACACCGGAGGUGAGGGCGGUGCUGGAUCCGUGGGUCAGCGCCGGCCGCGUCACCGUCCAGGACAUCAGGGCGCAGGAGGAUUACGAUGGCUACUACUACAACCAGUUCCUCGUCGUCAACGACUGCCUCCACCGCUACCGGCACGCCGCGAACUGGACCUUCUUCUUCGACGUCGACGAGUACAUCUACCUCCCCGACGGCCGCGCGCUGGAGGACGUGCUCGCCCAGCUCCAGCCCUACACGCAGUUCACCAUCGAGCAGAACCCCAUGUCCAGCAAGCUCUGCAUCGAUGAUCCGACCGAGGACUACUCGAGGGAAUGGGGCUUUGAGAAACUUGUCUUCCGCAAUUCAAUUACCGGAGUGAGGCGUGAUCGGAAAUAUGCAAUCCAAGCACGGAAUGCAUACUCCACUGGUGUGCACAUGUCGCAAAAUGUGUAUGGGAGGACAACUCACAAGACAGAAAGCUUGAUAAGAUACUACCACUAUCAUAAUUCUAUCAAUGUCAUGGGGGAGCCCUGCCGGAAAUUCGUGCCGAAACCCGCCAAUGGCAGUAAGGUAAUGUUCGAGGGGAUACCCUACGUCUACGAUGAUAACAUGAAGCGCUUGGCAGGGGAGAUCAGACGCUUUGAGAAGCAGACGAUUGGGGAUGUCCAUACAUAGCAUCUGGAUGCAAAACUUUGCUGGUACAUAUAUGAUUUUAUUCUUUCGGACGCCGUCGGCGGUGUCCACCUGUUGCCGUCUGUUCUGUGCUUCAAGCCGCAACUCUGAGAAUCAGAGGGAGAGGAUCUAACUCCAGUGUCCAAGCAGCGCUGUAAAGUUAUGGUUCUCUUCAGCAUUCUCCUCUUCGUGCAGGGGGCAACACGCCUUUGUGGCUCAAUAUCCUUUCUUUCCUUUGUUCCUUUCCCUUCUUCUCCCUAGUGUUGUGCUCCAAUCUCUUUAUAGAUUUGUGCUUAUUAGACUGACAGUGUGCCUUCAUCAGAUUCUUCUCAUCUCUUAUUGGGGGCAUUGUAAAGUUUGUCUCAUUGUCUGCUAACUUAAUGGAAGGUUGGAUCUUAUAUAGUACUAGUAUAUGUGUGCAACAAUUGUUCAAAGUGCAUAAAGAGGGAGAAUCAUUUUCGUUUUGAUUUU